AUGCGUAGCACAACGAAUAACCCUCUUGUUGUUGGACGUGUAAUAGGAGAUGUUCUGGAGCCCUUUUCAUGUUCUGUCCCUCUCAGAGUUGUCUACGACAACAACAAACAAGUCAUCAACAGUGGUGAGCUCAAACCCUCCCAAGUAAUCAACCAGCCAAAAGUUGAGGUUGGUGGAGAUGACCUCAGAACCCUUUACACUUUGGUCAUGGUGGACCCUGAUGCACCCAGCCCAAGACAAGAGAUAGUGAGCUAUGAAAGUCCACGACCAACGUCAGGAAUUCACCGUUUAAUAUUUGUGUUGUUUCGACAACCCUGUCGACAAUCCAUACAUGCUCCUGGGUGGCGCCAAAAUUUCAUCAGCAAAGAUUUUGCCGAGUAUUACAACCUUGGAUCACCGGUUGCUGCUGUGUAUUUCAAUUGCCAACGUCAAGGUGGUUCCGGUGUGAUACAUGAAACUAGAAAGAAGGACACGAUAAAAAAUAAGUCGAAGAUUAUGGAUAUAAACUAA